GAGGAGGAGGAAAAGGAGGAGGAGGAGGAACAUCAAUAGAGGCAGGAGGGGGAGAGAGGGAGGAGCCCCUUCAAAACCAGCUGGGACCCUCCUCCCGUCCAUCCCUGUCCCCCGCCCCUCUCCCCGCCAUCCUCGUCCUUCUUCCCGCGGGGGGACGAGGAAGCGAGGAAUGUCGCAGCGCGGCUCGGGAAGCGGGUGCGCACAAAAUGGCGCCGUGCGAGAUCCCCAGGGUGCGCGCUGGCAGCUCCGCUGGCCGGCCCUUGAAAUGAGGGGAGGGAAUUCAUGCGCGCGUGUCGCCGCCGCCGUGUUCUUCUUCCUCCCCCACUGUGCGAGGAGAAAUGGAGGAUGGAAGAGGUGUCAGGAGGAUGGGGAAGAUAGAUGGCGGUGGCGGAGGCGGAGGUGGAGGGGCACAGCCGCUGCUGCCCAGUUCACGCAGGUGCUCUUGGAAGAACUGACCUCCGAGGAUCUGGGGGGCGACGCGCCGGGCGAGGGUGAGGAGCAGAGCAGGAGCAGAAGCUCUCGAGGAGUACGCGUCUGGGCGGUCGCUGUCACGGAGCGCCCAGGCCAUGGCAAGGCUGACGUUAAGUCGGGCAUGCCCUUUCUACAGGAAGAGUUCAAACAUAGAAUCCGCCUGUAGGGGGACAUGCCCGACUUAGGGCUAAGGCAGGAGCAGCGCUCAGGCCGCCAGGCAGCGGCCGAGCCCGUAUGAACAGAUUUGCGUGCUGGGCUGGGCGCCGGCGCAUACGCGCGCGCGGGCCACAGGCUUCGCGGGGUCGGCGGAGGAGUGAGCGCUCGCUUCAGCUGAGCAAGCGCCACCGGCAUUCAUUCUCCUCGCACGAGCAGCAUUGAUGUCGCGCUUCUCCUGGCGUUCUCAUGCCGCAAUUGGCCUGUCGGGUGAUCCCCAAAUCGUCACGCAAUGAACACGGCGCGCGCUACAUACUCUGCGCCGUGGGUUAUCCCGAAGCUUGACGACCUCGCCAUCAGUGCGUGCUGCUCCGAGUGCCCAGGCGCUCAAGACAAAUGCAUCCAGCCUGCGUUCUGGCCUGCCGUCAUCGGAACUUCGCCGACAAACGAGCAACAACGAAACCCCGUCCCUCCGC